GCGGCGGCCCAGCCGGGAGCCGCGGCGGAGCGCGGGGCGGCGGGGCCCAGGCCGCGGGGCGGCGCGGGGCGCGGGCGCCGAUCUUCGAGCAGGCAGGAUGACCACCAAGGCCUUCACGCUGGUCCCUGCAGUGGAGCGGGAGCUGCUGAUGGGCGACAAGGAGCGAGUGAACAUCGAGUGCGUGGAAUGCUGCGGCAAGAACCUCUACGUGGGCACCAGCGAUGGCUUCAUCGUCCACUUUCUGCUGGAGGAGCAGCCGCAGCCCGCGGGCACGGCCACCUUCACGGCCACCAGGCAGCUGCGCCGGCACCUGGGUUCCAGGAAGCCGGUGGAGGAGCUGCGGGCAGCGUCGGCCCUCAGCCGGCUGCUGGUGCUCUGCGAGAGCUGCAUCACGCUGCUGCACAUGACGAGCCUGGAGCCCGUGCCCUCGGGAGCCCGCAUCAAGGGGGCGGUGGCCUUCUCGCUGAACGAGAACCCCGUGAGUGGGGACCCCUUCUGCGUGGAGGUCUGCAUCAUCUCCACCAAGCGCAGGACCAUCCAGCUCUUCCUGGUGUACGAGGACCGCGUGCAGAUCGUCAGGGAGGUGCCCACCCCCGAGCAGCCCGUGGCCGUGGCUGUGGACGGCCACUUCUUGUGCCUGGCCCUGACCACCCAGUACAUCAUCCUCAACUAUAGCACAGGCACCUCGCAGGACCUGUUCCCCUACUGCAGUGAGGAGAAGCGCCCCAUUGUUAAGCGGAUUGGGCGACAGGAGUUCCUGCUGGCGGGCCCUGGGGGGUUAGGCAUGUUUGCCACCGUGGCUGGAAUAUCUCAGCGUGCGCCCGUGCGCUGGUCAGAGAAUGUGAUCGGGGCAGCCAUCUGUUUCCCGUACGUCAUAGCCCUGGACAACGAAUUCAUCACAGUCCACAGCAUGCUGGACCAGCAGCAGAAGCAGACCCUGCCCUUCAAGGAAGGCCACAUUCUACAGGAUUUCGAAGGAAGAGUGAUUGUCACCACGAGUAAAGGAGUUUACAUCUUGGUUCCAUUACCUCUGGAGAUGCAAAUCCAGGAUCUCCUCGCCAACCGGAGAGUGGAGGAGGCGCUGGUGUUAGCCAAAGGAGCUCGGAGGAACAUCCCAAAAGAGAAGUUUCAGGUCAUGUACAGACGGAUCCUGCAGCAGGCGGGCUUCAUACAGUUCGCACAGCUUCAGUUUCUGGAAGCCAAAGAGCUCUUCAGAAGCGGCCAGCUUGACGUCCGGGAGCUGAUCUCUCUCUACCCCUUCCUGUUGCCCACCUCCUCUUCAUUCACACGGUCUCACCCGCCUCUCCACGAGUAUGCAGACCUCAACCAGCUGACCCAGGGGGACCAGGAGAAGGUGGCCAAGUGCAAGCGCUUCCUCAUGAGCUACCUGAACGAAGUCCGCAGCACGGAGGGCGCCAACGGCUAUAAGGAGGACGUGGACACGGCCUUACUCAAGCUCUACGCCGAGGCGGACCACGACAGCCUGCUGGACCUGCUGGUCACCGAGAACUCCUGCCUGCUGAGCGACAGUGCCGCCUGGCUGGAGAAGCACCGCAAGUAUUUCGCCCUGGGGCUGCUCUAUCACUAUAAUAAACAAGACGCAGCCGCUGUCCAGCUAUGGGUGAACAUCGUGAAUGGGGACGUGCAGGACGCCACCCGCACGGACCUGUAUGAGUAUGUCGUCGAUUUUCUCACCUACAGCUUGGACCAGGAGCUCGUGUGGAAGUAUGCUGACUGGGUCUUACAGAAAAGCCAGGAGGUCGGAGUUAAAGUGUUCACUGAGAGACCAUUGGAUGAACAGCAGAACAGUUUCAAUCCCAACGAUAUCAUCACUUGCCUUAACAAAUACCCCAAAGCCCUUGUCAAGUACCUGGAACAUCUAGUUAUGGACCAGAGACUACAGAGGGAAGAGUUCCACACGCGCCUCGCACUCCUCUACCUAGAUCAGGUACUGCAGCAGCGGCCUCCGGAUGGUGGCCCCGGGGCAGAGGCCCCCGAGGUGCAAAAGAAGCUCCGCCUCCUGCUCCAGAGAUCCGACCUAUACAGAGUCCACUUUCUGCUAGAGCGGGUGCGCGGGGCCGGGCUGCCCCUGGAGCGCGCCAUCCUGCAUGGGAAGCUGGAGGAGCACGCCGAGGCGCUGCGCAUCCUGGUGCUGGAGCUGCAGGAUUUCACUGCGGCAGAGGACUACUGCACGUGGCGCUCGGAGGGCCGCGACCCCGCCUACCGCCAGCGCCUCUUCCACUCGCUGCUCAGCCUCUACCUGGGCGCCGAGCUGUCGGUGGCCGCCGCCGACCUCCUGAAUCGCCACGCGGCCGAGUUCGACGCGGCGCAGGUGCUGCCGCAGCUGCCGGGCACCUGGUCGGUGCAGCUGCUCUGCCCGUUCCUGAUGGGCGCCGUGCGGGACAGCGUGCACAGCGGCAGGAACGCGCAAGUCGCCGUGGGCCUGGCCCGCGCCGAGAACCGGAUCUACAAGUACGAGAAGAUGAAGCUGAAAGGAAGCUCGGUUCGGCUCUCAGACAAAAAGCUUUGCCAGAUGUGCCAGAAUCCCUUUUGUGAGCCCGUGUUUGUCAGAUACCCUAAUGGUGGCCUUGUGCACACCCAUUGUGCAGCUGGCAGACACCGGAGCCCCAGCCCGCCCACCCCUGGCCCUCGGACUUGAAGCAGCCUGCAAGGGCACUGGGGGUCCCACGUUCUUCACCCAGCUGACAGGGUGCAGGGAGCAGAGUCGGGGCAGUCUGGGCCCACCAGGACAGAGAGAUGGCAUGCCAGGGUGCUGGGGGUACCUCCAGACCUUGCUGCCCGUAGCUCCACACUGAAUGUAAACGCACAACCACCCCCCCUCCCUCCCCAGGGAGACGGCAGGACAUGGCAUCCACAGAGCCCAACUGCCGCCCAGCAAGACGUGAGCCUGCACAUGUGACCGACCGCCCUGGUCCAGCCUCCAGGUUCCUGUUCAUUUGCACUGGAAACGUCGACAGAGACGAGGCCCUCUCCUUGGUGGGGGCCCCCCGUGAUACCUGCCCCUUCCGUGAGCCUGGGGCUGCCUCUCCUGCAGACUCCUCUGGGAAGUGCUUCACCCACUCUGCUCACACCAUACCCUUCCUCUGCAUCCCCAGAGACUGACCACAGCACUCCCCACUGGAAUAGUGGGUGUGUCUAGCCACCUUGCAAGUGACCCUGGCACCAAGGAGAGCAGCUGCCCCACCA